AUGUUCUUACUGUAUAAAACAUCAGGGGAGUUAUCUUGCAUCAACUUUAAUCAAGAUUACAGUUGUAUUUCAGUUGCAUCCAAGACAGGAUAUCGCAUUUAUAAUUGUGAUCCCUUUGGAAAAUGUUAUUCGAUGGAGGAUCAAGAUAUAAGUAUCAUUGAAAUGUUGUUUAGCACCUCGCUUGUUGCUUUAGUAGGUGCAUCACCGAGAAGAUUGCGCAUCAAUAACACGAAAAGAGAAACCACCAUUUGUGAAUUGACUUUUCAUACGCCUAUUUUAUCAGUAAAAAUGAACCGCAAAAGACUGAUUGUAGUGUUAGAGGAGCAGUUAUUUAUCUAUGAUAUUAGCAACAUGAAGCUAUUACAUACCAUUGAUACGAUUCCUAAUCCAUCAGCGAUUGUUGCUCUGUCUCCCUCGAGUGAGAACUGCUACAUUGCUUGUCAGCCCUUACGGUCAUCUGGUGAUUACUAUGCGCAAACACCACAACAAAAUAUCGGUGAUAUUGAGAUUUACGAUGCAAAUGCCAUGAAGUUAGCAAACAUUGUACAGGCUCAUAAGUCUCCCAUCAGUUGUAUCGCAAUGAAUUCUGAAGGAACCUUAUUAGUCACGGCUAGUGAAAAGGGAACUGUCAUUCGAGUAUUUACUAUUCCCGGCGCAGAAAAGGUUUAUCAGUUUAGAAGAGGAAGUUAUCUGGCAAAGAUUUAUAGCAUGUCAUUCAAUCUGGUAAGCACUUUGUUAUGUGUUUCAAGCGACACAGAAACGGUUCAUAUAUUCAAAUUAUCAGACUCGGAUGGCAUGACAAAUGAUGAUAAGGAUCCACCACCUUUACAAAGAAGAGUGUCCUUACAACGCGGGAUGAAUUUCUUUAUACCCGAUCGUAUUUCAGAUAUUUGGGAAUCCAAUCGACAUUUUGCAUCUUUAAAGUUACCUAAUGCGGGUGUACGCAGCUUUGUCGCUUUAAGCAGCACUACCCCACAAGUACUUGUAAUUACUAGUGAAGGAUAUUUUUAUCAAUAUAACAUUGAUCUGGAAAAUGGGGGUGAAUGUGUACUUCUUCGACAGAAUAGCUUGAAAUAGUAAUAAAAAUAAAAAACAGCUGUUAAUCAGUCAAUACAUUGCUUGAGC